AAAUUACAACUCGUCGAGAUACGGUAAAUUUGUUCGAAUUCAUUUCGACAAACGCGAUUUACUUGAAAAAUCCCGCGUGAUCAAACAAGCACCUGGCGAACGAUCCUACCACAUAUUCUACCAAAUCUUUUACACAGAAAAAGCUUCGAGGGCAAGAAAUGCGCAGAAAGGAGUAACGUUCUG